CCUGGCAUUCCAGCUCUGCGCGUGCCAUGAUUUAACACAACAGCGCGAGCAGCUUAUAUUCGCCUCAGCCAGUCCGGGCAGUAUAUUGUAUUACUUUUGUUUUCGUACUUUAAAAGGUAUUAUGGCAAUAUCUGACUUAAUUUAGAUGAAUAACAGUGUUCUGAUUUCGUUUUCAUUCGCUUCACGUAUUGGAGUGUUUUACCUGGCUUCAGCUAGCAGGCUAACUAUUUUAGCUCUCUUUCGCGAGUUAUUCAAUACCCAGCAGCUCAAGAAAACGAGGAACACAUCGUGUGUCGUUUCUAAAAGAUUAUGGCAUAGCCUAUGUGUACUCGUGACACGGGCUGUGAUUUCGGGUUGGACCUUGUGGAUGUUGUGAAAGGCGAAGUGAAGCUGAAGACCAGAUGUUCCUCUGACACUAGCAAAGAUGAUGCCUAUGAUUUUAAUGGUGUAUUUGAGUGAUGGGGAGCAGGCCCUGACGGAGGUGCCCAUCACUCCGGAGACAACUUGUCGUGAUGUGGUGGAGUUCUGUAAGGAACCGGGAGAAAGCGGCUGCCACCUGGCUGAAGUAUGGCGUGGAAAUGAGCGACCCAUCCCCUUUGACCACAUGAUGUAUGAGCACUUGCAGAAAUGGGGCCCCAGAAAGCAGGAGGUGAAGUUCUACCUGCGCCACGAAGACUCGCCCACAGAAAGCAGCGAUCAGGGGAGCCAGCAGUCUCAGGAGCAGCCCAGCAGGAGAGGAGGAAGCAGCUCAGACAUGCACAACGAGAAUGGGGUGGGAAACCCUCGUGUGGAGCUCACUCUCUCAGAGCUGCAGGAGAUGGCCACUCGUCAGCAGCAGCAAAUUGAGGCCCAGCAACAGAUGCUUGUCGCUAAGGAGCAGCGGUUGCGCUAUCUGAAGCAGCAGGAGCGCCGGCAACAGCAGGCUGUGUCUGAAACCGAAAAACUACAGAGGCUGAAAGAGAGAGUGGAGAGUCAGGAAGCCAAACUCAAGAAGAUCCGUGCCAUGAGGGGCCAAGUGGACUACAGUAAAGUCAUUAAUGGCAACCUGUCCGCAGAGAUCGAGCACAUCAGCGGGCUGUUCCAGGAGAAGCAGGCAGAGCUGCAGUCGGCCGUCUCGAGGGUGGAUCAGCUCAGCCAGCAGCUGGAGGACCUGAGGAGAGGCAAACUGAACGGCCUGCAGACUCUCGGCGGUCAGGUCACCGGCAACGCUGCCCUGGAGCUCCGCAAACUCUACCAGGAGCUGCAGAUCCGCAAUAAGCUGAAUCAGGAACAGAACAGUAAACUUCAGCAGCAGAAAGAGCUGUUGAAUAAGAGAAACAUGGAGGUGACUCUGAUGGACAAGCGUAUCAAUGAGCUCAGAGAUCGACUCUACAAGAGAAAAGCAGAGGCACGUCAAAAAGAAAAUCUUCCUCUGAAUAGAGUAAAUGGUCCUCCCUCUCCACAGUCUGCUCAUGGAAACACCGGCCGUGUGGCUGCCGUGGGACCCUACAUCCAGGUCCCAGUGCCAGGCAGGCAGGAGGGUUAUGUAGUGCCUCCUGAACCCCUCAAACCUCAGUCACUGGGCGUCAACACCCCAGCCAACCAUGCCCGCUCCAAAUCAGAUGGAGUGAGAAAGCCUCCCAGCCCCUGGAAGGUCUCUGAUUUAGACAUCAUAGUGGACCCGAUUGCUCCGCCCCCUCCAGAGCCCCGCCCAGGCCCGGGGGCUCCACCCUCAGUCACCUGCUCUGCGGCAGGGUCGAACAGCGCUUCUCCUAAUGAUGCCAGUUGGCCCACCCUCAACAAGAGCAACACAUCAGUCAAGCCACCUGACUGGAAGGAGUCUGGAACAGACACGAGCAGUAAAACGGCAUCACCUGCAGGCACUCCUGCAGAUAAGAUUCAGGAUUCCAGUAAAAUGGGCUCAGGUCCUCCUCUCAACAAGCCCCAGCCUCCACCAUAUGGAGCCCAUACCAGCAACCACCCCCUCUCAUCUGCCAACUCAGGUUCUACCAGCUCCUUGGAUCGCCGCAAGGACGUUCCACUCCGGCCAGUGCCCAGCCUACCCAGCAACCCCCCGCCGCUGCCGGCCUGGCCCCGUGUCCCCCCUACACCCUCCGGCUCGUCAUCUCAGCAGAUCCAGCAGCGCAUUUCCGUACCCCCCAGUCCCACCUUCCAGCCCAGUCCACCCUUUUUCCCCCCCGGGGAGAGACCAGACCCUCCUCUAGCUGUUGCGGUAAGGCCGUUCAUCCCAGAUAAGGGCUCCAGACCGCAGUCACCCAGAAAGGGCCCAGCCACCAUGAACUCCAGCUCCAUCUACCACAUGUACCUACAACAAGCAGCCCCAAAGAACUACCCUCUGAACAUCAAACCUGCAGUCAAAGCAGUAUAUGGUAAGCCAGUCCUGCCUCCCAGCUCUACACCCCCUUCCCCCUUACUUUUCGGAGGCCCUGGGGCCUUUCCUGCCCUGCAGGGUCCCGGAGGAGACAUGUUGGAUCUUGAGCUGGACUUCGAUGGUCAAAUGAUGGGUGUUCCUGAGCCGCCCCCACCCAGCGUGGACCACAUCCCACGACCUCUCAGCCCCACUAAACUCACACCAAUGGUGCACUCCCCGAUGCGCUACCAGAGCGAUGCUGAACUGGAGGUGUUGCGCAAGAAACUGGCCAAUGCUCCACGGCCGCUUAAGAAGCGCAGCUCGAUUACAGAGCCAGAGGGCCCCAAUGGGCCCAACAUCCAGAAACUUCUCUAUCAGCGGUUCAACACCCUAGCUGGAGGGAUGGAGGGAGGAAUGGGAGGUGUGAGUGGAAGUGGAGGAGUGACUCCAUUCUACCAGCCCUCCGUUGCCACCGGUGAAAUGCUCUUUGAUGCAGACAACGGGAAUCCACCCUCAGAAAUGCCUUCUGAGGGUGCUGUUGUUGAGGACGUUGUCCUGCAAGGUGACGCCAAUGAUAAUGAGCCCCUAGAGCAAGCGGUUGAGCAGCUGACCCCUCCGGCACCAGAACCGUCAGAAGACAGUAACAACAAUCCUGCAGAACCUGUAGUGGUUUUGCCGAGUCCUGUAGCUGAGGCCAGCACCCCUGAAGAAGCAGACACCUCACCCUCAUCCCAACCCACGGGCAAACGCACUAACCUAAAAAAGCCCGACUCAGAGCGGACAGGUCACGGCCUUAGAGUGAAGUUCAACCCACUCGCCCUGCUGCUGGAUGCCUCACUGGAGGGCGAGUUUGACCUCGUACAAAGGAUAAUCUAUGAGGUUGUCAAUCCCAGCACCCCUAAUGAUGAGGGCAUCACACCCCUUCAUAACUCUGUGUGCGCUGGGCACCACCACAUCGUCAAGUUCCUGCUGGACUUUGGUGUUAAUGUGAAUGCUGCAGACAGUGAUGGCUGGACGCCCUUGCAUUGUGCCGCCUCCUGUAACAGCGUGCACCUGUGUAAGCUGCUGGUAGAGUCUGGUGCUGCCAUCUUUGCCACCACCAUCAGUGAUGUGGAGACGGCUGCAGACAAAUGUGAGGAGAUGGAGGAGGGUUUCAUACAGUGCUCGCAGUUUCUCUAUGGCGUGCAGGAGAAGUUGGGCGUGAUGAAUAAAGGAGUCGUGUACGCUCUGUGGGACUAUGAGGCUCAAAGCGCAGAUGAGCUUUCCUUUCAGGAGGGAGACGCCAUUACUGUCCUGCGCAGAAAGGACGAUACUGAGACAGACUGGUGGUGGAGUAAACUCAACGACAAAGAGGGCUAUGUGCCACGUAACCUAUUGGGGCUGUACCCCAGAAUAAAGCCACGUCAGAGGUCUCUGGCGUAAGCUUCUGGGUGACUGACUGGACUGAUGUCUCGAGGUGUUGAGCCUCCAUCUUUCGCCUGUAUGUGCCACUUGGACGACAGAAGGGGUGAAGCUGCUAAACCCUGAACCGGGAGGCACAAUCAACCCCACUACCCACAAACACACUUUCCAGCCAACUCCAGGCCAAACAAGCAGCCUCAGGUUUCUCGGUCUGCCCCCUCCACUCCUCUCACGGUUUCUUGUAUCCAUGUAAAAUAGCUGUACAUCACACCUUGGGGAUCAAGCACUAAUCUCUUUGACAAGAGCUUUCCUUUAUGUGUAGUUGCUUUGCUGAAAGGACCUGGGCAGGCAGUGCUCUUUGUCAAAGUGAGAUUUUGAGUACUUCUAAUUGAACUGGAUGAAUGAGAGCUGAUAUGUUAUAUAUGUUUAAAACAAAGGACUUGUGCGUGGAUUUUAUAGCUCAUCUACAAAACGAGUGUAUUGACUGGAAGAGAGCAGAGAACAAAAUAUACUUAGUUUGCAUAGAAGGAUUAUUCUGA